UCAGUUUCUCCCUCACUCCCACUCUAUCCACCUAUCCAAGAGGUUGUAGCAGAAUCUCACUUUUGACUUUUUAUCAACACUACACUGGAUUGACAUCGCGUGGAUUUUAGGAUUACUUGAUCCUAAUUUCUUCACACCUGUAAAGGAGGUACCUUGGGGGGGUUUUCAUUGGAUGGGGGAUAAUGCCUUUAUGCUGAGCUAAGGGACAAGUGCACAUGUGAGACUUGGAGGAUAGGAGCCACACAGAGAGAGAGACCAGUGAAACUAAGUGAUCCGCAAUCCAGGUUGGAGACCUUGAUGGUGAUCACAACCUAAGAUCAAAACAGAACCAGAGGCUGAUAUGGAGCUGCGACUGGGAUGCAGGGCUUCCCUGGUUCUGGUCAUACUGGCCCUGACGCUCUCAGGACAGAAGGUUGAUGCUCAGAGCAGGGCAGGCUGUAAGAAUGUGCACUAUGACCUGGUGUUCAUCCUGGACACGUCGUCCAGUGUGGGGAAGGAGAACUUUGAGAAGAUCCGCCAGUGGGUCUCCAACCUGGUGGAGUCGUUCGACGUGGGCCCGGACAAGACGCGUGUGGCCGUAGUGCGCUACAGCGACCGGCCAACCACAGAGUUCAACCUAGGACGCUAUCGCACCAUGGACGAGGUGAAGAGGGCCGCCAGGAACAUCCGCUACCUGGGAGGGAACACCAUGACAGGGGACGCCAUCAACUACACCACCACCAACAUCUUCACUGAGCGGGCCGGGGCCAGGCCUGCAGCCAGGGGCAUCCAGAAGGUGGCUAUCCUCCUGACAGACGGGAGGAGCCAGGAUUACGUGUUGGAGCCGUCAAAGGCGGCGGCGAAGGCCGGGGUGAGGAUGUUCGCGGUGGGCAUCGGGGAGGCUCUGAAGGUGGAGCUGGAGGAGAUCGCUGCCGACCCUAAGAAUGCUCACGUGUUCCAUGUGACAGACUUCAAUGCCAUCGACAAGAUCAGAGGGCGGCUGAGGAGACGGCUCUGUGAAAACGUGCUGUGCCCCAAUAUGAAGGUCCAAACAGACCGCUUCAAGCCCAACAGCACCAGCUAUGGAUUGGAGGAAGUUCCAGGGUUCGACCUGAUGGAAUACUUCAAAGUGGGAAACAUACUGGGAUCAAGGAUUGAUGAGGGCCAGAGCUCCUAUGUUCGACUUGGGACCAUGCCUAUUGUACAACAGACAGAAGACGUGUUCCCUCAAGGUCUGCCAGAUGAAUAUGCCUUUGUGACGACUUUCAAGUUCAGGAAGACCUCGAGACGGGAGGACUGGUACCUCUGGCAGAUCUUUGACAAGUAUGGAAUUCCACAGGUGUCUAUCCGUCUGGACGGUGAGAACAAGGCAGUGGAAUACAACGCAGUGGGGCUGACCAAAGACGCAGUGAGAGCUGUGUUCAAGAACGAGGAGGUGGACAACCUGUUCGACAGGAACUGGCACAAGAUAGCCCUGAGCGUUGAGGCCAAGGCUGUGUCUCUCUACCUGGACUGUAAACUCAUCCAGACCCUGCCCAUCGGGGACAGGGAGGAUAUCGACAUCCACGGGAAGACUGUGAUCGGGAAGAGGCUGUACGACAGCGUGCCAAUUGAUUUUGACCUUCAGAGGAUGAUGAUCUACUGUGACUCCAAACACGCUGAGCUGGAGACCUGCUGUGAUCUGCCCACUGGGCCGUGCCCCAAGAAGGUGGUGACGGAGGCCCCUCCCAUAGAGAUCCCCACCCCCACCCCUGCAGGGGUGGAGCAGCAGAGAGGACCCCAGGCGGUCAACUGCUCCUGUCCCGCUGGAGAGAGGGGAGAGAUCGGUGUACCUGGCGUUGCCGGUCCCAAGGGUGUAAAGGGUGAUACUGGUGCCCUGGGACCAGCUGGACCUACUGGCCUCAAGGGAGCCAAAGGAGAAACUGGCAAAGUAAUAUCUGUCAAGGGAGACAGAGGUGAGAAGGGUGAUCCUGGUAGCCAGGGGACAUCCGGUGACAAAGGAUCCAAAGGGGAGAAGGGAAGCAGUGGAGCUGCAGGUCUUGCUGGGAAAGAUGGAUCUAAAGGAGAAAGAGGUGAAUCAGGACUGGCAGGCGGUCAGGGAUUACCUGGACCUCUGGGACCAAAGGGAAUUCAAGGAGACUCAGGACUUCCUGGUUCAUCUGGACCCAAAGGUGUCAGUGGUGAAAAAGGUUUGAAAGGAGAUAAAGGAUCUGCAGGAUUAAGGGGUGACAAAGGUAUUGACGGAUUCCAUGGAAAACCUGGUGUUCCUGGAAAAGAUGGUUUGGGAGGACUGAUUGGCGCACCUGGAGCCACUGGAGUGAAAGGGGAAAAGGGAGAGAUGGGCCCUGCUGGAAUGCCUGGGGAUAUGGUUCAAAGAGAGGGCUUGAAAGGAGAGGCUGGACCGCCAGGACCUCGUGGCCCUCCAGGACCUGACGGCCCCCCAGGACCUCCUGGUGCAACCGGUCAACUUGGUUUACCUGGCGAACCUGGAGAGUUUGGCCAAAGGGGCAAGAAAGGUGAAAGUGGAUUACCUGGUGUUGACGGGCUACCCGGACCACUUGGUCCCCAAGGGCCUCCUGGAGGGCAAGGAAACCCUGGACAAACUGGACCUCCUGGUCUACCUGGCGAGAUUGGAUUUUCAGGGAAACCAGGAGAGCCAGGCAAAGCUGGUUUACCUGGAAACGAUGGGCUGGAUGGAGUUCCAGGAAAUGACGGAGCCAAGGGGCCUAGAGGAGAGUCUGGAUUGGAUGGCUUCCCUGGUAAACCUGGUCCUAAGGGUGAAGAAGGACCACCUGGACCAAGAGGACCUGGAGGAGAGGGGGGACAAGUUGGUUUAACUGGACAACCAGGUGUUGUUGGACCAAAAGGAGAGAAAGGAGGACAGGGUGACAGAGGACAAGAUGGCUCUCUCGGGCCAAAGGGUGACAAAGGUGACAAGGGUGACACGGGACCAAAGGGAACUCCAGGAAUACCAGGAAACGUGGCCAAUGUUAUCCCUGAGCCUGGUGAGCCUGGAACACCUGGAGAGAGAGGAGAAAAGGGAGAGCAGGGGAAUCCAGGAGAGAAUGGUCGACGAGGACUGCCUGGUGAACAAGGCUUUGCGGGACUGCCCGGACCACAGGGACCUAAAGGUGACAUUGGCCCUAAAGGAGAGACUGGGAGACAAGGAGAGCCUGGUCCUCCAGGAUUGCAGGGUACACAGGGCGUCCGUGGACUGCCUGGCAAUGUGGGCAUCCCUGGAACCAUUGGACCACCUGGAAUAGCUGGACAGAGAGGAGAGCGGGGAGAGUUGGGGAAGGAGGGUCGUGGUGGCCCCCCAGGCCCUCCUGGAGAUGCAGGCAUACAAGGACCCCCUGGCCUACCAGGGAAGGGCAAAGACGGACAGAACGGUGAUCCUGGACAGCAGGGAAUUGAAGGACCGCCCGGCCAGAAGGGCCAACCCGGAUCCAAGGGACUUCAGGGGGUUCCAGGGGACAGGGGUCCUCCAGGAGAAGGCAAAGAUGGACCCCCGGGACCUUCAGGGCCCAAUGGUGCAGUUGGACCGCCGGGCUUGAGAGGUCUGCCAGGCGUCGCUGGUACACAGGGACCUGCAGGACACAAUGGUUUACCAGGAAGACCAGGAGAGAAGGGAUCCCCAGGAGAGCCAGGAGCAGCAGCAGACUUAUCGGAUUUGAAUCUGAAGGACGUGUGUUCAGACUGCCCAGCCGGACCCCCGGGACAGCCUGGUCUGCCAGGGACACCAGGGGACAAGGGACAAGCUGGAUCCCCAGGGAAGAACGGACAGGACGGGUACCAAGGCCAGGCAGGCCCGACCGGACCCACUGGACCCCCAGGAGCUAACGGAGAAAAAGGUGUGAAAGGUGAUAGAGGACCCCAAGGAGGACCUGGAGACAAAGGUGAAAUAGGCCACACCGGACCCCCUGGCCACCCCGGUGCUGCUGGUAUCAUGGGUAAUCCUGGUAACGACGGUCAACCCGGCCCCAUCGGUCCCCCAGGAGCCCCUGGAGAAAAAGGCAAGGAGGGGAUGAAGGGAAUCCAGGGUCCACCAGGUCUACCAGGCUUAAUGGGUCAAAUGGGUAAAAUUGGCAAAGAUGGCCGCCAAGGAGAACAAGGAGAAUCUGGUAAACAAGGAGAGCCAGGACCACCAGGACAGCCAGGACUCAGGGGAAUGCCUGGCUUCAAGGGUCACAGAGGAGAGCCUGGACCACCAGGGUCAAAGGGUGAAGAUGGAAAGGAAGGACGUAGCGGACCGGAGGGUAAACCUGGCCAAGACGGUAAUAUUGGACCACCUGGACCAGAGGGCCUGGCUGGCCAGAGAGGGGAGAAUGGUAAACCUGGUGAACCAGGACCUUCAGGAAAGGCAGGAGCCCCUGGUACUCCAGGUCAGGCUGGAGCCAAGGGAGAUGCUGGGAACCCAGGAUUACCAGGCUUUAGUGGUCCCAAGGGACCCUCGGGUCCUACUGGUCCUGUCGGUCCAGAGGGGAAACAGGGUAUGUCAGGCAGAGCAGGAGAACGUGGAGUCAAAGGAGAGAGGGGCGACUCAGGUGGGAAGGGAGAUAAGGGACCUGUUGGAGAUUCAGGUAUGCCUGGUAACCCGGGGCCCCCAGGCCGUAAGGGCCACACAGGGAUGAUGGGUAUGUCCGGGCCCCCAGGAGAGGUGGGACUUACCGGGCCUCGGGGAACACCUGGAAACCCUGGACAACCAGGACCACGGGGAGAGUCAACAUCACUGGAAACAAUGAGAAGGCUGAUCCAGGAGGAACUAGCUAAAGCGUUAGAUGCCAAAAUGGCGUACCUGAUGGCCCAGAUCCAGCCGGGCCAUGUGAAGAGCACGGCAGGUCGGCCAGGACCUCCAGGCCCCUCAGGGAAAGACGGGAGCCACGGUCGCCCCGGACCCCCAGGGGAGCCUGGCAUGCCUGGGCAGAAUGGAGGAGACGGCAUGAGGGGACCCAUGGGUCCUAAAGGUGAGAGAGGAUCCAGAGGAGACAAGGGGGAAAACGGAGUUGGACAGAGAGGAGAGACUGGACCAUCUGGUCCUAUAGGUCCAGCAGGUAUGCCAGGCUACGGUAAGGACGGGCAGCCCGGGGCGGCUGGAGCUCAGGGAGAACCAGGGAACCCUGGCCCCCAUGGCCAGCCAGGCCCCAGCGGACCCCCAGGACAGUGUGACCCCUCCCAGUGUGCCUACUACGCUAGUCUGGGAUCACGACCCCACACCAAGAACGUCAAGGGGACUUAAAGAGACAGAGACACACAAACAGAGGGUGCAUCCGAAAUGGCAACCUCUUCCUAAUAUAGUGCACUACUUUUGUCAAAAGUAGUGCACUAUAAAGGGAAUAGGAUGCCAUUUUGGACGCAGCCAGAGAGCUACAAGUCCAGCUAUUUAUGAACUGGGAUGUGUUAGGAUGAGCCAAGAACUUUUCUUUCCAUAAAGAUAUAUCUCCUCAGUUUGGAGGGAGCUCGAGAGAAGUGUUCUGCCUGCCUGCCGGUCAGAAUUUGUUUGUUUGUUUUUGUUAUGGGGGUUUGGGGGUGGAAUGACCAGGGGAAGUGGUUGUGGAGGGUUGGCUCGAAGGACCAUGUAAAAGACCACAGACUACAGUCAUGCUUACUGGGCUAUAAUGUGGCGGCACAGAACCAGGCCUGGGUUCAAAUAGUAUUUGAACCAAUGGAAUAGUCCCCAAAAGUGCAAACCCUGCCGAUCUGUCACUUUAGGUAGGCUCAAUCAAACCCUCAAAACUAUUUCAAAGAAAACAAAUACCAUCUGUACCCAUAUCUGGUAAAAGAUGGAGCCACAGUUACAGAACGGCCAUUUAACUGACUCCAAGUUAUACCGUAAUAGUGUCGUCACUCUCCCAGCCUACACAGUCAUCAGACUGGUAUGGGUUUAACAUUAGAUUUAACUUCAGCCCAUCAGUCAAUGGCCAUAUCAUUGAUCCAGCGGUAGGCAGCUCCUCUGGAGUCAACUGGUAAUGAUCCAGUCAAGUUAUUUUUAUUGAUGGGAAGGGAAGAUUAGCCUUACUGAGGCACAAUCUGAAAUAUAAAUAUUACGUUUCAUAGAAGGAUCUUUAAUGAGCCUGUGGAUGGUGGUGAACGACUGCAUGCUUUGUUUUGCCUUGCCUGUAAGCUUCUAAUAGUGCAAUUGUCUUGAAUAAUGAUAGCCGGGCCACCAGUACUAGUCAAGGUGAAUACUGAACUCUCACAUUCUCUGGGUAUCUGUAGAACUCUUAUUACUAUCCUGACCUUAUUACAAACUAAGAUACUGUGUCAACAACAAAACCAUUUGUGACAGCUUUAAUUGCCUAUUGUACAGUGUUUGUUCAUUGUUCCUCCAAAGGGAAUCCAACUUCAUGAACGUGUAAGGUCGUCAAGUAGACAAGACCCAUAAGACUUUCAAAAGGAAAUGGAAAACUAGAAAAUAAAAACUACAUUUCCCCUUUCGUUUCUACUUAAGUGUCUCUGGUGAUUCCACAGAGUCUGCCAGUAAACAGUCUGGAGAGAGAAGGCACUAAAACCACAGCCUUUGUUCCACUCGUUCCUCAAACGUUGCUUGUUUCCUGGUUUCACGCUACGGUCUCUCUAACGUGUCACUUCCUCCUGCUUAUUAGCCAGUCCCCCUGUGGCACAGGCAGGCCGGGGACACAGUGACUCAAAUAAAGACAUUGUUUUAACUAAAUCUUUAAGUGCUAUACAAAAUGAGUUCCUUCUUCCCUGUAUUGUGUAUUCUGAAUGGUAAAGUCAGUGAGUAUUCUGUCUGAAGGAUGUCUUCCUCACUCAUCCCACGUCCCUGGUGGACCAAUUAUACCCUCUCUAAAACUCACAAGAUGAGUCGAGGGAGAGAGAGUCAGUAAAAAAAAUACAAUAGAUAGCUCACUGCUCACUCUAGGGGAAUUAUUUUGGUUUGAAAAAGGAGAAGAAAUGUAACACAUCAACGUUGAGGUUCCGAAAUGUUCAUCAGGUCACCAAUAAAGUAAAAUAGAUAUAUUGUCUUUUAGGCCUUCCUUAUAUGGAUGUGAGCCUGGAUUCAGCAUGUAUUUCUAGAACACAGUAAGAACACCCACAGUGUUCCAGAACCCAGGCCAACACCAACAGUGUUCCAGAACCCAGGCCAACAGCCACAGGGUUCCAGAACCCAGGCCAACAGCCACAGGGUUCCAGAACGCAGGCCAACACCCACAGUGAAAACACUGCUUGGCCAUCUGCACCUCAGGUCACUUCAUUGAAGGUCAUCCAAAGUGCUCUCCUGAAUAUUUAAAGCUAAACAUUCUGUGCCUACAUUGCCCAUUGUACUGUAGCCUAUAAAACGGUGCCUCAUGAUCCAUAGCAGUCAAAGGAACAGAUAUACUCUUCACUGACUUCAAUACACUUUACUACCACAUCACAGUGGAGAUGAGUCGACUUCGUUAUGAAUUACGUUUCAGAAUGCCAGAAUGCCAAAUAGGAGCUAUAUAACAAUAACAUAAUGGUUUUGUAAAUGGAAAACGCUUGUUAGCCCAUUGAUAUGAACAUUAGAAUGUCUGAUGUUUGCUGCCAGUGCUCCCAAUGCAAAUAAUGCAUAAGGUGCUAGUUUAUAAUUAUGUUUGGCUUGUUUCCUCAUUUCAUAUACAUUUGUGAUCAUUCAAAACAACCAACUGUAUGUAACUGAUUUAGAGUUUUUGUUAAUUAUACUGUUAAAUUAUUCACAGUUUGAACUACCAGUAGCUUACCGUAUGUGGAAUGUUAAAAAUGGUUUUACGAUGGUAAUCCUUACCUGUUUAUCCUAAAAGAUUGGUGCUAAAAUAUCCUAAAUUAGUGGCUGGUAUAUUUGUACGUAUUGGAAAGGUAUGUUAUGUACUGUAUCAUGUUGUAAUAAAGACUGGAACAGAUCCAUUUUUUA